AUGCCCGAAAUUGACGACCGGAAGCUCUAUAGUCUGCCACGAAGCCCAAGACGGAUGCGGCUGUCGAGAAAGCACGGCGGAAGGAUUAGAAAUUACACCUAUAUGGUAGGUCGUGGCACGAUACGGUGUAAUUAAGCAACGCAAUCGGGCGAGCAAAAUGAGACCGGCUCAUUGUUUGUGACCUUGGUUAGCUUGCUCUCGACGACAAUAGUCAGAGCAUGAUAAAAUCGUGGACAAUUUUGCUUUUGGAUGUUCGUAAUCAGUUCAUCAAAUUUAACUUUUUGGCAAAUCGCUUCGAUCGAGUUUCUUUUCUCAGGUAACCCUCGAACGAACAUACUUGUAAAAAUUCCAGCAGAAAUGGCAAUGAACUCAUAGAAACAAAGUAUUUAAUAACUUCAGAACUACUCCCAAAAACAAGAAGCCAACCUGAAACCGACGCUGAAAAAUUGGUCGACGAGGGCAUCGCUGAGCAGCCGAAAGAACGGCUGCGGACAGCUGCCUCCAGCCCAUUCACGACAACUGACCCGGGGAUUUCGCAGUCCUUCUUCGGAACUCUUAUCUUCAGGUCUUAUCAUCACUCAUGCAUGUGCAGUUCUAUCGCCGCCUGCGCGAUGUAAUUGAUAUGUCGACGUUUUUUAUUUGGAAAAAUCUUCAACCGUUACCUUUUCCGUUCUUUUUUAUCGAUAGUAUUUUUCCUAUGAAAUCACUUUCAAACAUUUAGAUGGGCUUACUAGAGCAGUUAUGGCUAAGAAUCGUCAAGUCGCUGACAGGAGAAAAAGAAGAAUCACAAAAAAGAUUCAGAGGGAGUGAGUCAAAAAAAAGUGCGAAGAAAAAAAUUCAAAGCUCGUCUUGCAGAGAAAGGUGAGAAACAAUUCCAAAAAAAAAAACAGUUCACACGCUUAUUGCUGCGACGCUAUACAAAAUUUUGUGCGAAAUGUUCAGAGCUGAUAAAAAUUUUUUUAUGAAAGCUUCGAGACUAAAUUUAGUAAAAUCUAUAAAAUCCCUCUCUUUUUUUCUAGGGUCAUGCAAGAAUCUGCGCCUGCAAAUUUUUCCAUGAAAGCCCUCUGAAAAGAAAUAAAGCAAAAAAAAAAAACAAAAACUAACAUGAAGUAAACACCUAGGUGCCUUAGAAACUUUCCUGAUCUUUGAACCGACCGAACCUUCUAAAAUUUCCAAUUAGCCGCACAAUUGUGAACACUUUUGAUUGCAAUCGAUUGUAUUUCAAAACAAUCGCUUGUAUUUCAAAAAAAAAAGAAGAAAAAUGGAACCGAAUAAAAAAAAUUUUUUUACGAAUCCACAGUUGCGAUCGAAUUGCCGCCUUCAAAUGUUUGAAAUGCGUUGCUGGAGCACACAAUUGACGUAAAAGUCAAUUGACUCCCGUUUCUGAAGUUUGCAAUAGUUAAAAAAAUUAAUUUUUUUAUGGAAGAAAUUUUUCUUCGUUAAUUUCUUUACGUUCUUUUUCGAAUUUUUUUAGAUUCUUUCUUUAUAUAACUAGUUAACUUAUUUGAACCUGAGAGAGAAUUUCAAUAGGCUGUCUUUUUCAUGAAAAAAACGUUUAAAAAAAUGUGAAUAGGUUAUUUUCAAUAUAUAUUUUCAUCUAGUUAUAUACUAUUUUUAUUCAAUUAUAUUUAAAAUAAAAAAAUGGAAUAAAUUUUUUAGAACCGAGAAAAAUUGUUGACUUUUUUUAGCAGUCAGCUUUCGAAAUCGUCCAAAAAAAUUUUUUUAGAACGGCGAGUUCUGCACGAGGCAACUCAAUAGUAGUUCGCCAUCGUAGCAACACCGAGAUAACCGUCCAACGAAGGCAUUGCUCUGCGCGAAACGUCCAGGAGGUUUCUCUGUAGCUAUGCUUCACGAAUUUCAAUCUUCAGAUCAAGAGUGAGCCUUCAAUAGUGGUAAGACCUAAAACGGCGGGCAAAGGACCGUUGCUAGCCCCGCAAUACCGUAGCCGCGCGGCUACGGGUUCCUCAAUUUGGAUAAGUGGAGUCAAGUCGCCAGCCACUGCAACAGAACCGUGA